AUGGAUCCACUGGAUAAUGUGUCAGAUGAGGAGCUGGUUGCUUUUUUGCGCUGCAAUAAGACAUGGAUAUCUUGCAUGGAGGAUCCAGGGAUUUUUCUCACCCAGCUCCGAGACCAUGAUCUGGUACCUGAGGACCUUUAUCAGGAAGUGAUGAUGAUAGACUGUAAGGAUAAACUUCAGAAGGGUGUGUAUCAGAUUUUAGAAUGGGUGGAAAAGAAUCAAAAGCAGUCCAUAAAGAAGUUUUGGAAUUGUGUCUUUAAGAAUCAUAUCCGACUAAAAUAUUCUACCCUGCAGUCACUCAGAGCCAGUCUUCUGGAUGGAUUACCUUCAGGCUCCAACAAUGAGAUUGGUAAUGCACAGAAACCAAUCAAGAAGAAGAAUAACCCAACCCAGAAAUCCAGAAAGACACCAAAGGAUGGGAAAACCAACAAAAUAAAGAAAGGUGUUGAAAAGACAGGACAGAAGAAACCAGGCUUAUCCUCUUUCAUCAAUCUUAAACAGAAGAAACCAGCCAAGGAGACCGAGUUAUCUCUGUUAACAUCUCGGAAAAAUACCAGUGCAACGAAAGUGAUCAAAAGUAAAAAACCUUUAAUUAAGAAACAGAAAAAGACAGCAAAUGAAAGGACGAUAGCUGAACUGACUAAGGAAUUAUUUGAAAAAAUGCAAAAGGAGGAACCAGGUCCCUCAUCUUCUGUCAUCCCCAGUCAAAAGAAAACAGCCAAGAAAGUGACUUUUGCUCUUUUAACAGCCCAAAAAAAUCCCAGUGCAAAGAAAGUGAUCAAAAGUAAAAAACCUUUAAUUAAGAAACAGAAAAGGACAGCAAAUAAAAAGACGAUAGCUGAACUGACUAAGGAAUUACUUAAAAAAAUGGAAAAGGAGGAACCAGGUCCUUCAUCUUCCGUCAUCCCCAGUCAAAAGAAACCAGCCAAGAAAGUGACUUUUGCUGCAGGACUGAAACCAGAAAAGAUGACCAAGGAAAAGAAGACAGGAAUAAAAAGAAAAAAAACUGGUGAAGAGACAGAAAAGGAAAAGCCAGGCCCUUCAAUUACCGUCAAUAUUCAGAUGAAACCAGCAAUUAGUCAAACCCUAUGUCUGAAUCAAGAAGAGAUGACUAAGAAAAAGAAGACAGGAAUAAAGAGAAAGAAUAGUGAUAAAGAGGCAGAAGAGGAAAAACCAGGCCCUUCAUCUCUUGUCACCAAUAAUCAGAUGAAACCAGCAAUGACCCAAACGCAACUCCCUUCAUUAAAGAAGGAAGAAAAGCAGAACAUGGAGAUUCAUGUUACUUGUGGAGAUAAAACAGGCAUGCUGUAUAGAGAAAAGCUGGUCAAAGCCCCGCCUGCCAUUGUUCUAGUUUCCCGCCAGUUUGCUCCCUGCAUCACCUGUGUCUAA